AUGCUCAAAAGGCUAGCAGCACUAGCCACACCAAGAUUGCAGACAGCUCACGUUAGCCAGUUUGUCUGGCUGUACGCCGGACUGACAGCAUGGUCAGCCUUACAAAUAACUGGAGAGCUGCUCGUUUUGCCGCCCAAGGGUCGGAGAGUUUUGUGUUUUGGGGAGGCUCUGGAGGUGUUGGUUACUUUGGCAGUACAGAUGCUCAAGGCCUGGGGCGCUGAUGUAACAACCACAUGCAGUACAGAUGCAAUACCGUUGGUUCAGUCUUUAGGAGUUCAGUCCGUCUUGGACUACACUCAGCCUGGCGUCAUGGAAGCUCUUGGGGCUGGGGGCAAGUACGAUAUAAUACUGGACGCAGCUGGUCUACCUGAGACAGAGAUACCGGCAUACCUUACACUACUGAAGGAGUGGCGGUUAGCCAAGUAUAUCACCCUGCGGUCACCCAUGCUGCGAAAUACAGACCAGCUGGGUCUGGUAGGUGGUAUGUUGAGGAAUGCAGCCGACCUUGUUUUGCCCAACCUGACUACAGGGGCUCUGCUGCGUGGUGCCUCGCUUCGGUGGGGAUACUUCGCCCCCAUCAACGCAGGUGUUCGGGAGAUAUCCAGGCUGGCUGAGAGCGGACAGUUGACACCAAUCAUUGAUAAGUCCAUGAACAUCCUGGAGCUCCCAGCAGCUUACGAGAAGGUCAAAAACGGACAUCUGAGAGGCAAAGUAGUGCUGACUGUGUAACUUACAUAGUCUAUGCUGAUCUGGUCUAGUCAGAAACACAAUUCUGUAAUAUUUUUGUUAGUCCAUAGUAAACUCUUACAGAUAUAGAUAACACUUAUAGUUUUAAAUAAACCAAAGCUUUCCACGGCAAUUUGAACUCGAAACUGAUGAUUUAAGAGAUUUGUAAUAUAUUUCUUGGCUUUAAAAUGUAUCCUGUAUAAGUUUAUUAGUAAAUUUAAUGUAGUAAAAAUAUUCAUAUAAAAAUUAAUGAUCAAUUCACCACCUUUAUUUUUUAAAUAUAUAUUUUAUCUUGUAAAAGCUACAAAGGAUGUAUCGUGUAGAGCUGUUAUUUCAAUUGUUUCCUUGUCAGUAGAAAUAGCACACAUUAAGUCUAUAAAAUGUAAACAUUUACUGAAAUACGAUUAUUAAGAUCUUAAAACAGAAUAAGGAAAAAUAAGUAAUACUUAAUAUACAAAGUAUAUUCUUUAUUGUAUAUAUAUUAUUUUUUUUAAGUAACCAAUAAAUACUUAAUUACUAUAA